AUGGACAGCCAGUUGUCGAGUGAACGCACGACUGAGCAAGGGUGUCCAGACCCAAAGUCGAAAGCAGAUAUAAGAGAAUAUAUUCAGCGCAUUUUUACAGCGAAGGGGGUGUAUGGGGAUGUCAAUAAAUCUCCUGAGCCUCCGGCGGAACCCAUAACAGCAGUCGAAGCACCCAGUGAGGUUGAGGUUGAAGCUCGCAACCCCCAGGAAGAACAACUCAACGGAGCGCCCGCGCUGCCGUGGCUGAUCAAGCCUGAGAUCAAGAACCCAAACCCGAACCCUCUCAAAUAUUCGAACCUGAAACCAAAGAAGAGGAAGAGACCUGAUGAGCCGCCAAGGAAUGUCAUUUUUGUGGAUACGACUGUUGCGGAUCCUCCCCGUUCUCCAAAGAAACUCAGGUCGCCAGAUAAUGCAAUCAAUACAGCCGAUUCUGCUGGCGAACAAGCCGAGACACCCGGAAGUACAUUUGGUCCGGCUCGGAAGCCUCCGAAGAGUAAAGUGAAAGCCCUGUACCAAUCCCAGACGAAGGUUGAUUAUACCAGGAUGGCUCCGGAAUGGUAUAAUGAUGUGCCCAACAUCAAAAAGAUUUCCCGCAGGGACCUAGAAUCUAUAAGGGAGGUUAAGGAUAUGGUUACGCUUUGCAUCAAGCACAAAAACGAUACAAAUGCGGCGAAACGUACGGCGGAUUUACGGACGAAGCUGCAUGAAAUGGAGUUCUACAAGUUCCUAACGCCGAACGACCAGAAAUUCCCGCAGGGCUACAUCAAGAAAUCAAAGGUUCUUGACGAAGGAGGCUUGCGACGCAUUUUCGAUAGCCCGGAUACGGAUGCCUUCCCUUACGAUAUCAGAGCCGACGCCGAGGCAUUAUGGCUUCGUUGGAUGAAUGAAGACAUUGAUCCAAAUCUUCUACGUGGCAUCGAAACUACAAAAGGCGUCCUAAGUUCGGGGAAAAAACGAACACAACACAAGCUCGAACAAAAUUACCAACAUAAGAAGUCGGCAAAUACCUUUGGUGAUAAUGGCUUGGUAAAUGGACAAUGGUGGCCCUCGAGGUUAUGCGCGUUUAGGGACGGCGCUCAUGGAGAGCAAGAGGCUGGCAUCCAUGGCCAGGGCGGCGUUGGCGCUUAUGCGGUGGCAGUCUCAAGCACAGAAUAUGACGAUAUAGAUAAUGGCGAUGUAAUUGAAUAUUGCGGAACUUCCGGUGAUAAUGGGACGCCGUCGAAAGGAACGCAGUUGCUUCAGGAAACGUAUCGAAAGGGGCAACCGCUGCGUGUUCUUCGAGCUCAGAACAAGAACUCGAAGUAUGCCCCUUCAGAAGGUAUCCGGUAUGAUGGGCUAUACAAGAUAACUGAUUACGAGAUCCGGGAUGCGAAGGAGGCGAAGAUUCGUUUUACGUUGAAGAGGAUCGAAGGCCAGGAUCCGAUCCGAUACCACGGAGUCGAAAAGAGACCAACCCCCCAGGAAUCAACAGAGCGAGUGAAGAUUCGAGCUUUCCUUGAUGGUGGUUCUUAG